AUGGUAGGUGGGAAAACAUGGGCAGGGUGGAACGAAACCUGUGCUAAGGACGCGGCGAGUGGUAAAUAUUGUGGUGACAUUCUCAGUGGCAGUAUGCCAAUUGAUAGAUUCUGCUCACCCUGCAAUAUCGAUCGCUUCCAGAAGAUGCAGUCAACACCCUACUCCGAGUACGAUAUAAGCUUCCAAUCCCAACUCAAAAAUAUGAAUUCAAAAUGCGGUCUCAACAUUCCCACCGAUUUUCCAGAUUUUCUCCAGCCAAGAACCAACCUAAACAAACCCUCAGGCUCGUGCGUAUCGGGCAUAGAAUACACAACCGUUGAAGGCGACACCUGUGACUCAAUUGCUACCAAGUACAAUGUCUCAUCAGCCGCCCUUUUCAUAGGACACGACAACCUACUCGAAUGCGAAGAUAUCGUAGUCGGCACAGAACUCUGCAUGCCACUGCAAUGCGAAAAGGUCUACACCAUCAAAAGCAGAGACACUUGCAACUCCAUCGAGAAGUCACAAGGCAUCAGAUACAAGGAACUCCGCAAAUACAACCCGUGGAUCGACUCCUAUUGCUCCAAUCUUCAUACUGUCAGCGAUGUCGCCUACGGACAUGUUGUUUGUCUCUCGCCCCAGGCUGGUAUUUCGAAUGAAAUUGCCACUACUUCUUGGAUGGAUCCGACGUCGCCGCCCGAAGCUGAUGGCUAUGCCAUUCCCGAAAGGCCGCCUCCUCAAAAUGCCACUAUUGCUGAGAGGACCACAACUCGUUGUGGGAGGUGGCAUGUUGUUACGAAUAAAAUAGUGCAGGAAACUUGCACGACGGUUUGUAUGCAGAAUCAGAUUUAUUGGAGCUUGUUUAUGGAGGUGAAUCCUUCGCUUAGUGCUGAUAACUGUGACAAGUUGGUUAGUGGGACUGCUUACUGUGUCGGGCCAACAUAUGGCUGGGAUGAGAUCUUUGAUCUCGUUGAGGGGGAGAGGGAGGAGUACAGUUGA